AUGCGCGACUACGACGCGGCCACCGCCUUCCUGGGUGAAUGGGGUCGCUUCCAGCGCCUCGUCUUCUUCCUGCUCAGCGCCAGUACCAUUCCCAAUGGCUUCAAUGGGAUGUCGGUCGUGUUCCUGGCCGGCACCCCCGAGCACCGGUGCGUCGUGCCCAGCGGGGCCAACCUGAGCGCGGAGUGGCUGAACGCCAGCAUCCCGCUGGAGCUGCGGGGCGGGCGGGCCGUGCCGAGCCGCUGCCGCCGCUACCGCCUGGCCGCGCUCACCAACUUGUCUGCGCUGGGGCUGCGGCCCGGCUCCGACGUGGAGCUGGAGUCGCUGGAGCAAGAGCCGUGCCGGGACGGCUGGGAGUACAGCCGGGACGUCUACCGCUCCACCAUCAUCACCGAGUGGAACCUGGUGUGCGAGGAUGACUGGAAAGCCCCGCUGACCACAUCCCUGUUCUUCGUGGGAGUCCUCAUCGGCUCCUUCAUCUCAGGGCAGCUCUCAGACAGGUUUGGCAGGAAGAACAUCCUCUUUCUGACCAUGGCCGUGCAGACUGCCUUCAGCUUCCUGCAGAUCUUCUCCAUCAGCUGGGAGAUGUUCACAGUGCUCUUUCUCAUAGUGGGAAUGGGGCAGAUCUCAAACUACGUGGUGGCCUUCAUACUGGGAACAGAAAUCCUGGGCAAAUCAGUUCGUAUUAUAUUCUCUACAUUAGGAAUUUGCAUAUUUUUUGCAAUUGGCUACAUGUUGCUGCCACUGUUUGCUUACUUCAUCAGAGACUGGCGGAUGCUGCUGCUGGCACUCACGGUCCCGGGGCUGUUCUGCAUCCCGCUCUGGUGGAUCAUUCCUGAAUCCCCUCGGUGGCUGAUCUCACAGGGAAGGUACAAGGAGGCAGAUGUUAUUAUCCGAAAGGCUGCAAAGAUAAAUGGUGUGCCAGCCCCAGAAGUGCUUUUUGACACCGCAGAGAUGCAGGAUUGGAAGCCUCAGCAGCAGCAGAAGGCUAUCCUUCUGGACCUAUUUCGAACCCGAAACACUGCAACUAUUACUAUUAUGUCAUUACUUUUGUGGUUCUUCACAUCAGUUGGUUACUUCGGCCUGUCCCUCAGCACUCCAAACUGGCAUGGCAGUGCCUACAUCAACUGUUUCCUCUCGGCUGUGAUUGAAGUUCCAGCUUAUGUGAUUGCCUGGCUCCUCCUCCGCUGCCUCCCCCGGCGCUACUCCUUAGCUGGCAUCUUCUUUUUAGGGGGAGGUGUUGUCCUCUUCAUUCAGCUGGUUCCUGCAGAUUUUAAUGUCCUGUCUGUGGGCCUGGUGAUGCUUGGGAAAUUUGGCAUCACAGCCGCAUUUUCAAUGCUUUAUGUCUACAGUGUGGAGUUGUACCCAACGCUAGUGCGAAACAUGGCAGUUGGAGCUACUUCCACCGCUUCCAGGCUGGGCAGCAUCAUUGCUCCUUACUUUGUUUACCUGGAUGCCUACGACAAAUACCUCCCAUAUAUCCUGAUGGGAAGCCUGACUGUGCUGAUUGGGAUUCUUACCCUGUUUCUCCCAGAGAGCUAUGGCAAUUCCCUGCCGGAGAGCUUUGAGCAGAUGCUGAAGUUGAAGUGUUUCAGAAACGGGCAACAAACCACUGGCAUUAGGAAUGCAAAGGAGAGUCCUAAGGUUCUGGUAACACCCUUGUGAAGAAGGACACAAGCUCAGAGAUGCUGAAAGAAGAACAGCAUCUUCUCAGAAUGCAUCUUCUGCCAGAAGAAAAUCCAACAGUCAAUGCUACUGCACCAUAGUUGUUAUCCCUUGUGCUACUCUACCCAAAUACAUAGUUUACUAACAGAUGCUGUGUAGUCCUGUAGGACUCUUAGUCUGUAAUUCAGUGUCCUGAAACUUGGGACUUCUCCCUUGCUGAGAAAUGGGGCCUGUGUGUGCUAAAUACAAUUCAAGGAGUAAGCUAGAAAUGAGUGUUAGGAAUAGUACAGCAAUGACUCCAGUCAGUUGGAUACUCAAUGAAAGCUGCUUAAAGGAAAGAAAGGGUAGUGAAUGUAAUGCUCAUGGUUUUUCUCACUGUGCAUGUUGACUGGAUGAAGGGGAGCUGGGGUCUGCCUCUGAAAACAUCAGCAUAUGCCCCUGAAGGGAAGAUCUUCCUUUGAAAUCUGGGACCAAAGCCUAAUAGACUAAGUAGGAUCAGGAUUUAGUUGUAGCAAAGCAGACAAGCACUUCAGUGUAAGGAUGUGGGAUUUGUACAAGACAUCAGAGUAUCUUUUGAUGUCGCUUGCUUUUCCCAGGAGCUGGGAUCCACUUGUCCCUGUAAAAGCUGAUGCUUGUUCAUAAAGCCUGGGCCCACUGAAAUCCUUGGGCUUCAUGAACAUUUGGUAUCCUUGGGGAUGGAGGGGGAAUCUUUAACACUGAGUAAGGACUACAACUUGCUGACCACCUGAGGGGCUGUGCCUUCUUUCAGAAGACACAUGGGCCUAAGCAAGUCAGUGGUCCCAUCCAAACAGCUUUAGCUUUCAGGUGUUUCCUGGUAUAUGAGCAUAAGCAGGGUUUUUAGAUCUUUUGGGGUUGCGUUUUUUCCAAAGCAUUUCAUUUGAAAAUAUACCACAUCAUUCUGUGCCUCCACAGGAAGUACAGAGAAGACAGCUUCAAAAGCCUCUGUGUAAUCUUUGUACCAUUUACAGAUUUAAAGGGGAUUUGAUGCUCACAGAAAUCUGGCAUUCUACUCUGGAGAUGUUCACCCCAAGCUAUGAAAAACCACAAAAGGGCUAAUUUGGGACCACAGUUUUUUUCAGAACAAAAAAAAAAGAAAACACCAGCAAAUCACCACCAAAUCUAGUGUUUUGUUCUUCAGAUCCUACAGGUUAUGGAUGUGUUUAAGUUCAGCAACACUAGAUUGGAUGAAAACAAAUGCAGAGCUUAGAGUUCUGCUACUAUUGUUUAAUGAACACUACACAGCAGAAUACCUUUUAUUUUCCUAUUUAUUGGCAGUGCCUACAGUUCUUGGGCACAUAAAGUCGAUCAGACCUGUUAGACUGAUUUUUAUCCUCUAUAGGCAUCAAUUAGCCAUGAUUUAACUUCUGUAAGGGCUAACAAAAGCAUUCUGUCUUGCUUCUCAUGGGAGAGUUUGUGGCAAGCUGGUCUUGUGCUGGCACUGGGCAUAGGAAGGAGGCUGUCCCUUCCAAGUUCAAGCACAAAUAUAAAGCUUUAUAACAUGUACAAAGAACUUGUGCAAUUACUCUUAAAGUAAUGCCCUUUGGGAUGCAGAAAUACCAUUUACUUUCACAUUAGUUUGCUGCACUUAGGCUUUUGCCAUGAAUGUAACACCAGGCAACCAUUAUCCUGUGACCCCUGAUGUUCUCAUCCCUUCUCAAGCUGGAAUUUCUCUGGUAUCAGCAGUAUUUAAUCUUGGGUUUACUUACUACAAAGUUAAUCUAUAGAAUAGCAGUUUAGACAUAACUACAUUUGUCAGCAAAGCCUUUGUAUCAGUGUGGGACAGGUUUGACUUGAUUAAAUAGAGGUGGCCGUAUCUUUAUGAAGAUUUUUAUAUCAAGUUGCUACUUUGUGUGAUUGUAGGCUUGGGUGUUUCUAAAAAGUAAAUAUUUUUGUACUCUUGAGCUCCAUGGUAACUUAAAAACAAUUUUCCCUUUUCUAAAUAAGAAAAAGGGUUGUGUUGGGUUUUGGUUUAAAUACCUUAUUUUAAUCGGUCUCAUUUUUCGUACUCAAUCUCAAGCUGGUGUCACAUUUUAGUGUUUUCAAUGGCAUAUUUAAACAAAGACAAAUCUUCCCCACCUCUGGAAUAACAUUCUGAAAAGUACACAGUGUUGUUACAAGGCCUCAUGGUGCCUGAGAAUGGUGAAAAACAAGGGGAUUGCUUCAGUGCAUAAAGUAUUUGCAAGAAUUUUUGUCCUCUGCCAGUGGCUUCUGCAGGUUCACAAGCCCCAAAGAGCAAUGGUCUGUGGAAGAACCCAACAGGGAUGAAUCUGAAGUGCCACGUUCUGGCCGGUUACUGUUCUCUUAAUUGUAAAGCUGAAGCAAACAGCACUGGUUUAGUAGCCGCUGGCAGAAGUUAAAUGUGUUGCUAUGAGCUAUUUAAGCCUCUCCCUGCAAUCUUCAGCAGGAAGGGCAGGAGGGAAGCACCAGUGGGACCGUUCUCACUGACGCUGGGGCUGUUGCGCUGUGCCUCAACUGUCACCGCUGUCACCUUUACCUGGGUCUCUCUGUGCAACCUUUGCUCCUGGGCUGGUUAACUGGAUGUGCUAAAGCAUAUAUGAAACUGUAGCAAUUGCCACUCAUUCACUUAUGUCUUCAUGGUAAUAAAAUGUGCACUGGCACUGUAUAACCUG